CACACAAGGUCAGCGUCAGCAGAUCUGACCCUAAAAAUAGGCUCUUGGAUGCCAGUCGGGGUGGCUGGGUGCGCUGCUGCCACACGCCCCACGGACCAGCACCUACCGACCUGGCCAGGACCUGGUGCGCAAAGCUGCAGAAAGGAAAGAAAAUCCCUUGGCUCCAAAAUGACAUCCAGAGAACCAAAGACAAGCCUCAAGAAUGCUUACCCGUCUGCCAAGAAGCUGCUGCCGAAGGUGGAGGAGGAGGGGGAGGCUGAGGAUUACUGUACCCCCGGAGCCUUCGAGCUGGAGCGUCUCUUCUGGAAGGGCAGUCCCCAGUACACGCAUGUCAACGAGGUCUGGCCCAAGCUCUACAUCGGCGAUGAAUCCAGGCCAAGGCUCCGCGCAGCCGACCAGCCUCUUUCCCUCGCACCCAGGGCGACGGCGCUGGACCGCUACAGCCUGCAGAAGGCAGGCUUCACGCACGUGCUGAACGCGGCCCACGGCCGCUGGAACGUAGACACCGGGCCCGACUACUACCGCGACAUGGCCAUCGAGUACCACGGCGUCGAGGCCGAUGACCUGCCCACCUUCGACCUCAGCGUCUUCUUCUACCCAGCGGCCGCUUUCAUUGAUGCUGCACUCCGCUACGAUCACAAUAAGAUCCUGGUUCACUGCGCCAUGGGCCGCAGCCGGUCGGCGACUCUCGUCCUGGCCUACCUGAUGAUCCACAGGAACAUGACCCUGGUGGACGCCAUCCAACAAGUGGCCAAGAACCGCUGCGUCCUACCCAACCGGGGCUUUCUGAAGCAGCUCCGGGAACUGGACAAGCAACUGGUGCAGCAGAGGCGACAGGCCCGGCGCGGCGCGGACGGUGCGGAGCUGUAAGGCCCCCUCACGGGGUGAGCAGGAUACUCGGGAAUGAAGGGGCAAGGUUGAAAAUAGCUCUGGCCUGUGACUUCCUUUGUCACAGAGAAGGGACGUGAAACCAAAGCUUGACUCCUUCCGAACAAUCUUAAACUUCGCAGGGGCCGGUGAACAGAGCGGGUAAUUCAUAGCGGCCUCCGAUAGGAGGCCAGCACUUGGCUUCACAGCAAAAUGGGGCAGACGGGCUUCCCAGAGGCACUGGCUACAAGUGAGCACGCAUGCGCCGUUUUUCUGUUUUUUUUUGUUUGUUUGUUUUUUGUUGUUGGUAAGACGGAUGCGGAAAAGGAUUUAAAGAUGCGUAGACAUUGUGCUGAUUAAAUAUUUGGCUUUGUCUGAAAGUCACAUUCUUUAAAAAUAAUUUAAAAAUAUAACUUUACUUUCUAACCACAGAAAAGUGCCUGCGAGAGCUGUUACAGGAGAGUUUGCACCGCUUGUUAGUCAGUCGGCUGUCUGGGGUAGGGGGUGGGCAUGGGGAGGACGCGCAUUUCCUUACCGGCGGCUCCUGCAUCUUCCUUUCGAUGGAAUCCCCAGGCUCAGGUCACCAUCCAUAGAUGCUGCUCUGUGGAAGAGGCAGAGAGCAAUUCAUCUGGUAGGGGUAGGGAGUGGCGGUCCCCUGCACAGAGGCCGCCCGCUUUGGGCUCCCCUACCUUCCUCAGGGAGCCAGGGCUGUUCAGAAUCUUAGCCAGAGGCGCCACUACCCAGAAAAAUUCAACAAAUUCUGGUAAAUUUGAACAAGAGUUUGACUUUAUAAUUUUGGAAGGAGACAAUCUUUGGGGGACCGGAACUUGGGGAAGCUUCUUUUGCUUUGAUUCUAGUCAAAGCAACAUGAGCUUGUUUUCAGUCCCCGAAGAAAGUAUUUGCAAAUGUGUUUGCCCUGGAAUGAGAGAACCAGGCAGCCGGGUGAGCUCAGGUGUGGAGAUGCCCCCGCCCCUGAGAGCUAAGCCAUUCACCAUGAUGGCGUGAUUCUCAUUCUCGAGGAGAAAACAGCAGCUGGAACCAAGCGGGGAGAGCUGGCUUCUAGAACCAGGAGCUGGAAACCAGACAGAACCCAGAGAGAGAUGCUGAUGGAGAUGCCAGCAGUCCAGGACCAGAAAUCACAACUGCCUGAUAAAGGCCUACGGGGAGAACAGGAAAAGGGGCCCACGAGGGGCUCAGCAGCUUUGUAAAGCCACCCGAGGGCCACCCUGUAACCUUAGGGCGGCUGUCCUGCUUUUGUGCCAGAGAGGAGGACCUGAGGCCUGGGCCCCUGUGGCUGGUAGGGCUUCCUGGGACUGCCUAGUAUCUGCUCUGGGAUGGUCACCUUGGCCCAUAAUGGGCCCUUAUAAUGACUCAGAUUUGGGUGUAAGGGGAGCCAUAUACACAGGCUUUUGGGAAAGAGAUGUAGACCAAAAGGGAUUCUAGUGGCCCCUACCUAGACCUUCCCAUCGUAGGAUCCCACUAGCCCCCUCUAAACUCAGUUAUCUCCUAGGUCUGAUCUAUUACUUAUCCAGAAAGAAAGAUUUCCUUUUUAAUAAAAUGUUAACUCUUAUCCAUCAUAAUGAAGUAUUUACAUUUAAAUGAAUCCGUAUGUGGGAAGGACAGGUCCAGUGCUGGUGUUCCUGGAGUGCUCUUUCGGCGUUCUCUCUCCAACCUUCCCACACGUUCCCACCUCUUUGUGGGGCUGUAAGUCCUGCUGAGGAAAGCAGAAGUUGGAGGUCUGGUCUCUUUAAGAUGGGAGCCAGGGGUAGGGGAAAGGAGGAACAGAAGUUUUUUGUUUUUUUAAUAAAUGUAUUUAUUUUUGGCUGUGUUGGGUCUUCGUUGCUGCACAUGGGCUUUCUCUAGUUGCGGCGAGUGGGGGCUACUCUUCGUUGCGGCGCAUGGCCUUCUCAUUUCAGUUGCUUCUCUUGUUGUGGAGCACAGGCUCUAGGUGCAUGGGCUUCAGUAGUUGUGGCUUGCGGGCUCUAGAGCGUAGGCUCAGUAGUUGUGGUGCACGGGCUUAGUUGCUCCGCGGCAUGUGGGAUCUUCCCAGACCAGGGCUCAAACCCGUGUCCCCUGCAUUGGCAGGCAGAUUCUUAACCACUGAACCACCAGGGAAAUCCAAGGAACAGUUUUUGCAAAAGCAUUUAAAUUCUUCAGAAAUAAACUAUUCCUUUGGUCAACAAGUAUUUGAGAACCUACCACCUGCUAAAAUUUGGGUUAGGAGGCCAAUGCAAAAAUGUAUGCUGUGAUAAAGUGGAAUGAGGGAAGCAGGUACUGAGGUGGAGAAGCAUGGGGAUGGGAUGGGGAAAAACCCACUUUAGACGAGGUAGUUGAAGAAGACCUGAGCGGAUGGGAUGAGUGAGACUUGAAGGAGAGCACCUGCAAAAUGGGGAGGGAACAUUCUAGGCUGAGGAACAGCACAGGUGAAGUGGCACCAAAGUGGCAAAGAGAUGUGUUUCUAACCCGAGGUGGUGUGUUUCAGGAGCUGCCCAUCCGUGAAGCUGGAGCUUGUGGGUGAGAGGGCAGGUGGACGCAGAAGGGUAGAGAGAUUGGACUUUAUUCCAAGUACAAAUAAGAACCACCGAUGAAUUUUAAGCAGCAGAAUGGUCUGAUCUAUGUUUUAAGAAGAUCACUCUGGAAAGAAAAAAAUAUCACCCUGACUGAAGUAGAGAGAAUGGACUGCAAGGAGGAGGCAACCAGUAAGGAGGUUGUGGAGCUGUUGACAGGAAGGAGGAAGAUGGUCUGGACUAAGCUAGUGCCAGGGGACUAGUAUUCAAGAUUAUUUUGGAAUUAUCUUGGGGAAUACACAGAACCUGCUGGGAGGGGCGAGAGAAUUAGAAGAUAGUGAUUUGGUUUCUUGGUGGUGCCUUAAUACUGAGAUGGGGUUGACAGGGCCAGAAAUGGGGGUAGGGGGUUGGACAUCACCAGUUAUAUCAUGUCUAAGGCAUACAAAAGGCGUCCCAUGUCAUUUCACCUUGAAUCUAGAGAGAGCUCAAAGGAAGGUCCACUACUAGAGACAUAAUCCUGGGCAUUAUCUGCAUAGAGGUGGUGUUGGAAGUCAUUGUACUGGGUGAGAUAAUGAGAGAAAACAGAGAGGGAGCCCCAGGCCUGAGUGUUUGUUUGUUGGGAGGCAGAUCCAGGAAAGAAGAUGGAGGAGGGGGAAGGAAGACCAGGAGUGUGGGUACCGAGAAAUUGAAGGUCCUGCUUCAGAAUAUAACAGUACUUGUACUGUAAACCAGGACUGCUUGUAACAACAAAGUAACCUAUAUAUGUAGAGCACCUAACAGUUUUAAAAGCAUCAUGUAUUUGUUACCUAUGCCUUUAAAUCAGAGGGAUGACAAGUUAGGGCUUUUUCCCAGAUGGAAGUGUUCUAGGACAAAGGGCUGCGAUUUGGAGAGAACCAAGUUUGUUUCUGCUCACAGAUUUCAGCUGAGUGUGUUUGGGCAAUUAGGUUAGCUUGUUUGAGCCUCAAUCCCCUCAUGUGUAAAUUGGAGAAACUGCCCCAUUUCCUACAUAGGGUGGAUGUUUGUGAGUCAUUAUUUUUGUGAUACUAUUUGUGAGCCAUUGUUUCUAACACGUAAUGUUGGCGAGGAAAGCCGAUGCCUUCACACCUGGGUAGGCACGACUUGUGCCGGUAAAAAAUAAAGGCUGCAACUGACAA